AUGGCUGCAUCCGACAUCGUCCUCACCGACGUGCAAGUCGACAAUACGUCGCCACAGCACAUCCAUGUUGACUCCGAAACACCAGAUGCCGUUCCCUUAGCAUCUUCAUCGCGUGGGCGAGUGUCCGGCAAACCAUGGAAACCUCAAAAGACAGCGACUGUCCGCUCUCUCAUACCAGACGGUGUCAAGACCAAGAGCUGGGAGGACCGCAUGCAGAAGACCCAAAAGCAGAAAGCGAUCAAGCAGCUGCAGACAGAGCUCAGUGAGGAGAAGAAGGCCGAAAAAACACGGCGGCGAGAGAUCACCCUCGAACGCAAAAAGGCAGCGGAAGAGCGGCGGAGGCUCGAGGAGGACAAGGCCAAGGCGCGUACCGCUGAUUUUAACCAUUCCCAUCCAUCUGACGUAUACCCGAACAGAUGGGCGCACGAAAGGCUGCACGUCUCCGCCGCAGGGCUGGCCGGACCAAGAAGAUCAACCACUGAGACGCUGUGGUACUGUGGUACAGGAGGCAUUCACGUCUCGGUUGCCUUCAUCUCCUUCGGGAUGACAAUUCCGAAUAUAUCACCCCAUAUUGUUACCAUCUCGGGCUGCGUUUGGAAUCCGAGUGGUCUCGAGACCCAUAUACGCCAACUAGAGCACGCCACAUGCCCGAGCAGGCAUCGUUUCAAGAAAUUGUAUAAAUUGGCAUGUUGGUCAAUAUUCCCCGAUCACGACCUUGGUAUCGCUUAUACUGCAUUGUACCUGAGCAUGCCACAGCCUUGCUGCGCUUGUACUAUGGUUAGGAAGGAGUUGCUCAUGGCCGCAUUCGCAAGCCUCGGGUUCACGAACCACUGCGUCUUUUUUCAUGAUUCUUGCGUCAAUCGAUGCGUUGGGAUCUUCUAUACCACUGUAAAUAUCUUCAGCGCAAUACAAUAA